UUCCAGCAGCUAUUGAAGCUCUUUGAAAAGUCAAAAUGCAGAGAUGGCGGGAACAUUUCCAGGACUAACACAAGGCAGAGAGGACACACUUUCGAAGGAAAGGGGACAUAAGACAACCAUCACACAACUCACUUUAAUUACAGUGCCAUGACGUUAGUCUUCUUACCAUGGGGGAUUGGAACUUACUGGGUGGCAUUCUCGAGGAAGUUCACUCUCACUCAACCAUAGUGGGGAAAAUCUGGCUGACCAUCCUCUUCAUUUUCCGAAUGCUGGUACUUGGCGUGGCAGCUGAAGAUGUCUGGGAUGAUGAACAGUCAGCAUUUGCCUGCAACACCCAGCAGCCAGGUUGCAACAAUAUCUGUUACGACAAUGCAUUUCCUAUCUCUUUGAUCAGGUUCUGGGUCUUACAGAUCAUCUUCGUGUCCUCUCCCUCUCUGGUGUAUAUGGGCCAUGCCCUUUACAGACUCAGGGCCUUCGAAAAGGAGCGACAGAGGAAAAAGUCACACCUUAGAGCCCACAUGGAGAAUCCGGGGCUUGAAUUGGAGGAGCAACAAAGGAUAGAUCGACAGCUGAGGAAGUUAGAGGAACAGAAGAGGAUCCACAAAGUCCCUCUGAAAGGAUGUCUACUGCGUACUUAUGUCUUACACAUCUUGAUCAGAUCUGUGCUGGAAGUAGGGUUUAUGAUAGGCCAGUAUGUUCUCUAUGGGUUUCAAAUGCACUCCCUCUACAAAUGCGCUCAACCUCCAUGCCCCAAUGCAGUGGACUGCUUUGUAUCCAGGCCCACAGAGAAGACCAUUUUCAUGCUCUUUAUGCAUAGCAUCGCAGCCAUCUCUUUGUUCCUUAAUGUACUAGAAAUAUUCCACCUUGGAAUCAGGAAAAUCAUGAGGGCACUUUAUGACAAGCCAGGCACUGACGGCGUUGAGGAUGAAAGGGGCCCUCCGUUUCAUUUGAAAAAAUAUUCAGUGACCCAACAGUGUAUGAUUUGCUCCCCCUUGUCUGAAAGAAUCUCUGUACUCCAAGCCAACAGUCAGCAACAAGUCACCCAAGUGACUGUGCCGAAGUCUAAAACCUUGUGGCAAAUCCCACAGGCCAGGCAACUGGAGGUAGACACCGGCGGUGGUAAAAAUGACUGGGCUGAGAGGGAUCAGCACAGCGGACAGCUCCACGUCCACAGCCCCUGUCUGUGGGAUGAUUGCGUUAGAAUUCAGCACCCGGGACAGCAACCAGAUCACUCCUCCUCUGGCACACAGAAAAGGUCCCAGUCCUGGCUAGGUAUGCCGAUGGCUCCAAGGCAUUGUCCAUCCUAUGCAAUAGGAACCAGGGAGCAGUCUCAGGACUCGCAGCCCUCAGGGGAGCCUCUCACAGAUUUGCACAGUCACUGCAGAGACAGUGAUGGCAGCCUGAGAGAGAGUGGGGUCUGGACAGACAGACCUCGCUCAGGCAGUAGAAAGGCCAGCUUUCUGUCCAGAUUGCUGUCUGAAAAAGGAGAGCUUCACAGUGACUCAGGAAGCUCCGGUACUCGGCAUAGCUCUCACGUAGACUCUCCACACCAGGAAAACAGCCCCUCGCUUCUGCCUUCAGCCACUGGGCACAGAACCUCAAUGGUAAGUAAAGACAGGCUGACUGAUCCAGGAACUGCUGCAAGAGGUGUUCCACUUGGGCCCCUUCUUAGCCUCCUCUCUCCUCUUUUGUGGUGUGUGUACCUUUGUGUUGAGAGAGAGGGAGAGGAGGCGAGGGAGGUUAAUUUGUGGAGAGUUAUAUGAAUUCAUUCAAUAAAUUCAGUUAAAUUCAAUUCAUAACAUAAGCUUAAUUGAAAACUUACUUUAUAUCAAUCUGACUUUUAGAUGCUGGUGUGUGAAUGGAUAAGAUGCCAUCUAUGCCAUCAAAGGGCUCAGAAUCUGGGUGGGAAAUGUAGAGAGGCAAACACGUAAAUGUGAUUAAGUGUAAGGUGCAUGUUGGGGGUUUGGGCAAAGGAGGGAGUUGUUACCUUUUUGGAUGGGUCAGAAACCUUCACUUUUUUUUUUUAUUUUUUCA